AUGGGCUACUUGCUGCAACUGGUCAUUGGAUUAUUCGCCUGCCUUGGCUUCGCAAGCGCGAUACCAGCACUUUUUCCAAAGGACAAGGUUACGACUUUCAAGUACUAUGCGGACGUUAAAGUGGGAUCUUUUGAAUCGACGCCCUUUGCUUCACAAUUUGCAAUCGCUGGUCUUUUACGUGUGAUACCGGAGGUUGGCGAUAAGAGCUUGAAGAAUGCCUUUUAUAUGGAUCUCAAUGUUACUCAUGGCAUUCGAAAUGGUGCCAUAAGUCAUUCUGAAAAAAUUGAAAAUAAUUUACUCCCUCUUCCCGAAGUUGCUGAAGUUCUGAACGAUCCCUUUCUCGUUGUCUUCGACGAUAAUGGUAAGGUGAAAAACCUCUUGGUGAACGAGCAUGAGACCGGAUGGUCCGUGAAUAUCAAAAAAUCAAUCGCUUCCACACUCCAGUUGGAUCUAUCGGUCAUGAAGCUUGAGACGCCCAUCAAACCGCACGUUUUUGUUACUAAAGAAAAUACUGUGUAUGGUGAGUGUUCCGUUACCUACAAUCUUAAUGGAGUGGGAAAGCUCGGAGACAAGCAUUUCACUGUAACAAAAAACAUGGACCCGAUGAGUUGUACCAAAUUUGAUCAAGACACCUUCGAUUCUCAGGAAUUUCAAAGUUGUCUUAUUCCGGUAGAGGAAGAUGUGAACGCUGUUAGUCGGAGAGUUUUCCAAAUUGAAAAUAAUGGUGAUCACAUUCUCAUUCAUACUGUGCAAGCCCAUGGAGUCUUGAACUAUUUCCCAUGGAAAGCUAAAUCUGAAGCUCAUUAUAUUCUUGCUAACCAAACUAUCGAACUUGAAUCAAUAGAGUCACUGGACAGUGUUUCCUCGUCUAAAUUCGAUGUACAAACAGCAGUGACUGUGAGUGACAUAGCAUUCGAAAAGUCACGAAGUACUUACGCCGUUGGUGCUGGAAUAGAUUAUACUUACGGACGUCAUGUUGUCAAUCUUGAUAUUAUGGUGACAAAGUUGAUAAAGUUGCUUGAAGAAGCUGCUGAUUACAUGUUGAAAAAUAAUGUUGAGAUAGUGUCACCCGAAGCGGAGCACGGCCAAACAAUGAACCACAUUUUAGAUGUUAUAACUUUCAUGGAUGUCCCGUCACUUGAGCAAGUUUUAAACAAUAUCACCGGUGGAGAUUUCCCACGGAACACAACUGUUACAAAGCUCUUUCUACAUAUGGUUCCCUACGCUGGGACCAACGCUACUACUUUAUUCACUCGAAACAACAUCCGUAAUGGCAAGAUAGAAGAAAUGAUUGCUGUUUCUAUGCUGAGCAAAGUAGCAAACUACAUUCGUUUCCCUACGGAGGAAUUGUUGGUCGAAAUGGAAGACCUAAUGCGUUUGGGAGCUGAGGUACCACUUGAAGUCCGUAAAGCUGGAAUACUAAGUUUCGCAACCAUGAUUUACAAAACACACAAGCAUCAAAAAUACCAUCAUAUUCUAAAUCCGGCACUGGUCAGCAAAUAUGUGAAUCACUAUUUCGAACAUGUUAUAAGCGAAACGUCGUUCGACAUGAAGUUGGUCUACAUUUAUGGUAUGAGGAAUAUUCAGAUUGGCGACGUACACAAACUUUUAGAGCCAAUUGUACGCGGUGACUUGAAGCUCUCCAAAAAACCCGAAUACCUACGUUUUCAUGCAAUUAUGGCCUUUUGGAGGGCUUCUCUUGCGACAGAAUACAUCGAUGACCUCUUUUGGCCCAUUAUGGUCGAUACAGAGUUGAUGUUGAGCAUCAGGAUUUGGGCAUUUAACAUUCUGCUUGAGCAAUCGCCACAAAUAGACCGUUUGAUACAGCUGUAUUGGUUCAUGACCGAAGAGAAGAAUGAACAUUUAUAUAAUCAUUAUUACACAACCAUAAAGAGUUUAGCAUAUUCAACCAAUCCUUGUCUGAUACUUGUAAAGGAAAAGGCAGCACAGAUCUUGCGCGUCAUCACUGUACGAGAAAAUUCUGACACACUAACCGGUUUCCACGAAAUCGAUUAUGAGAAUAAGAAGUUUGGAUUUGGAGAGGCUGCCAAGUUUUUCAUUGCUUACGGUGAAGAGAACGGCGCGCCUACUGCCGCCUUCAUUGAGUAUGAUAUAAUAAAAAAACGCAAGCCUAUCAAUGCCAUUUCGAUUUGGAUUCGUGCAGAGGGUUUUGAAUUUGAUGUUGUAGAUGACAUUCUGGUUGAUGAUUCAAAAGAACCGCAUUUCCAUGCGGAAAAAAUAGAAGCCCUCUUAAGAAGAGCCAGCAAGGACAUGCCUCACAAUAAACCGAUCCAUAUCGAAGUAAUGGUGAUGGUUCAGGGACGCACAGUAUUAGUCCGAUACUACGAUGAAGAUACGUUUUCAGGAAAACCAGAGUUAAUGCGUUUGCUCAGUAUGGCACAAGACAUGAAACUUGGUUUGCAAGAUAUCACCUUUGAUGAGCUUUAUGCCAUGCAUUUACCGAAUGAUCUUGGUCUGCCAACUCUUUUUUAUAACAAAAUUCCACACGUAAUGGCAUUACAAGGAAAAGUCGAACCAUUCGAUGAUUCUUCUCUAAUUGCCGUGAAAGUAGAAGCUGUGCUACGGGACUGGCGCGAUGGCUAUUACUCGAUGGAAGUCUAUAAUCCAAUUGUUGACACUUGGCAUGCUGUUCGACGAGUAACGGCCUUUGAGAUCAGUGUACCAUUCGCGAUGAGCAUUGGGUUGAUCUUGGAAACUGGAAGUCUGAAACUGAUUUUUCCCAGACUGCCCUUAACCCAGUAUUCCGUUACUGGUGUGCGAUUAGACGUAAGAAAUUACGUACUUGUCAUGGGUGCCGAAGAAGGCAUACUCCACCAGCAUUGUCCAACUUGUCAUGCUACCGAACUCGUUUCUAAGGGUCCAACCUACAGAAAAAAUACAACACUAAUCAAUUACGACUCGAUUGACACGGGGCUAAGUUUUAGCGUCCAAGAAUAUGAUUGCGAGAGGGACGUCGCACCAGGCUAUCAGUUUAAACUAUUGACAGACAUGUUGGAUGAUUCCCGAGAAAAUUUCGGGUACGAUGAUGGGAUAUUUGUCUUUGUCACACUCCGCGAAUACUAUGCUUACACACUCAACUAUCCUGAACGGGGGAUGUGUGGAUACAUUAUGAAAGUGGAACCCAGUACCGUUUAUCCUACCUCCGAGUUCACAGUGAGCAUGCACUUUUCCCAUGACAAGCCAAUCUCGAAAAAGUUGAGUUUGUUUCCUGCUGAAAAGUAUCGUUUCGACGCAAGGUUUGAAACCAUAGAAGCUGUAACGAAAACAUCUAUUCGAACGUGGAUUGUAAAAGCCCAAUUCAGUUCGCCCGAAGGGCAUUCCAAUGAUCAUCUGCAACUCCACGUAACGAGAAUUAUACCAGGGCAAAAGGACCUCAAGAUUUGUAUGGACAAUUACCACAGCUAUCCGACAACAGAAAUCGAUCCCUUCGAUCAGAUUCAGUUGAGGAUGCAAAAGUCGUAUAGAAACUUGACGUUGUUCGUUAGAGAAGCCGAGGAUGGUGCCUGUGUCGAUGAUGGGAUAGUAGUUAUGAUUACCGGAAAAGCUCAGCUGUCAGAUGAACAAAGGGAAGCGUACAAAAAUAUCAAGGAUUAUGGACAGUGCCAAAAAGAUGUUGAUAACCCUUUAUAUCUUUACGCUGAGAGUUCGAUAAUUCCAAGAACACCAAAUUGUCUGAGUGAAACGAUCCAACGUACAACACUGCGAAAAUACACUUAUUCUAUCUCCUACGCGAAUAUUUCGGAUGAAUUUUUGUCUCGGAUAUAUUGGUUCGUUGACUACGCGCGGCUUGAUUCAUUACAAUAUCUUACAUACGACAUCUCCCGUAAAUCACUACCAGGACAUGUAGAGGUUUCAAUGGAAUAUUCUAUGAACGACAAAUUCCUUAAUUUAACUAUACUUAAUCCAUCAUACGGACAGAUGUACACAGGUGUUGAGGGAGACGACGAUGACGGUUGGACCGCUCUGAUGGAGAAUACAUUGUUUUCUUGGUCAUUUCUUGAUGAUGUAACAGAGAAAUCCUUGAAAUUCUGUACUAUUUAUCCUGAUAUUUUGCUGGAUCUUGAUAACGGUGUUCACCGAAUCGUCGUUCCUGGCAAAUGGACUCUGCUAACCGGCGAUCACGUAGAUCGUUUGUUUGCUGUAUUCGUAAAGUCUAUCGAACCUAAGAAGCUUGGUCUGAUGAUGAGCAUUGCCAACCACACGAUUGAAGCCAUCCCUUCAUCCUCUGGCCCUAGAGUGAUUGUCGAUGGUCUGGUGAUUGAUCACAAAAACGGCGUAAUCGUUCCUGAAGACGAGGACUAUGUGCUGCGGGCCGCUUGGCACCACAACCGUUUGGUGAUUGAGACAACUUAUGCUGAAUUCACCGUCGAGUGGACAGGAAUAUCAGUAAUGUUGAUAAUGGAAGAACCCCUUCAGGGAAAAGUAAUGGGUCUCUGUGGACAUUUGAAUGGGAAGCAUAAGUAUCACAUGGCAAAAGUUUACACCCUCGAUGGGUAAAGCUAAAUCGAAGAGUCGGUGUCAAAUUCUCACGAAAGCUGAGUCCCACAACCG